AUGACCCGGCUCCUGGGCGUGGUACACAGAGUGGCUUUGGCCAUUGUGGGCUGCAGUAGCCCGAGCUGCCGCAGUCUUGCCAUGUUCUAUGCCGUGAGGAGGGGCCGCAAGGCCGGAGUCUUCCUGACCUGGGAUGAAUGCAGAGCACAGGUGGACCGGUUUCCUGCAGCCAGAUUUAAGAAGUUCGCCACAGAGGAGGAAGCCUGGGCCUUUGUCAGGUCUGCAAGCCCCAGUGAUUCAGGAGGGCAAAAAACUAAACACAUAGAAGAACCACAAGUGAAAGCAAGCAAGCGACUCCAUGAGCCCUUGGAUGAGGGUGAAAAGGCAGAGCCGUGUGCAAAGCACGUGAGACAGAGCACAGAGCCACCACCUCCAGUUAGCAAAGACAGCUUUUCUUACAUGGGGGACUCUGUGGUCGUCUACACCGACGGCUGCUGCUCCAGUAACGGGCGCAAGAGGGCCCGAGCAGGAAUCGGCGUUUACUGGGGGCCAGGCCAUCCUCUAAAUGUGGGAAUUAGACUUCCUGGGCGACAAACAAAUCAAAGAGCAGAGAUUCGUGCAGCCUGCAAAGCCAUCGAGCAGGCUAAGGCUCAGGACAUCACUAAGCUGGUUCUCUACACGGACAGUAUGUUUACCAUCAAUGGCAUCACCAGCUGGGUGAGGGGCUGGAAGCGGAAUGGCUGGAGGACCAGCACCGGGGAGGAGGUGACCAACAAGGAGGACUUCGCGGAGCUGGAGCGGCUGGCGCGGGGCAUGGACAUUCAGUGGAUGCAUGUUCCUGGCCAUUCGGGAUUCAGAGGCAACGAAGAGGCGGACAGAUUGGCGAGAGAAGGCGCGAAGCAGCCCGCAGACUGA